UCCCACAAUUGAUGUUGAAUGCACUCAUGAAAAGCACCUGAAAUAGGUUGAGCACAAAACCCUACUGAAUCGGAGACCAUUCUAGUGGAAAAAUCCCCAAAAAGAAAGAGAGGUAGCAGCAAGAUUUGGAUUUUAUAAAUGGCUGUAUCAGGAGAUUUCAGGGUUUCUGCGGCUCUAAAUCCAUAUAAAUUCAAUCCCCUUCGCGCUCCACCGCAUUUUCCUCCUUCUAAGGUGGAGUACAAUGUGUUUGCUAAUGGCACAACUAGUGUUUGUCGGUCAGGAGUAGAUCACAACACUCGUCUUCACUCGAAACGUCCCCUUGGAAAUUUCGGAGAAUAUAAGCUCUCCCCAAAUUCCUUCAGCCAGGAGAUUGAGAGCUUCCUCCUCAACACAAUCAACAUGAACUUCUUCGACCGCCUAAACUUGGCAUGGAAGAUAAUGUUUCCAUCCCCUACAUCAAGAAGAAAUUCCAAUGCAAACAUUGCCAAGCAACGACUAAAGAUGAUUCUCUUCUCCGAUCGAUGUGCCGUCAGUGAUGAGGCGAAGCAGAAAAUAGUGACCAACGUGGUCAAUGCACUGUCUGAUUUCAUCGAGAUAGAAUCACAGGACAAAGUUCAACUCAGCGUGUCAACCGAUCCGGAUCUUGGCACCAUUUAUUCUGUCACGGUACCAGUGCGGCGGGUGAGAUCAGAGUAUCAGGUUGACGAUGAAACUGGAACAAUAUCGAACAUCGAGUACAAAGAUACCGGAGAAAGUACUGGUUCUGUCGAUGUUAAGUUUGAUUUCUAUAUUCCGAGUGACAAAUUCAGCGAUUUUAGCGUGUGAAAUUAGGUGGUGCUUGAGCUGGAGGGCUAACAAGAAAAAGAGAGAAAUAUAAGCAGUGUUUCUGGUUCUGUUGGCAUUGUUUUAAUCUUUUCUCUUCUUAUACACUACAGUUGGCUGUUCAGAUACAAUGUAACCACCAGAACAGGCUGGUAUUUUGUAUAUAUCUAUUAACUUCUUUCAGGUGGUGUAAA